AUGACAGACAAGUGGAGAUCAAUAGACAUAGACGCCCUAGACCCCGACUCCCACCUCGCACCAGCUGACCUCUUCCCCACCUCCUCCGUCACUCCUGCCCAAUCGCACGCAGAUAUAACAGAUAUAUCCAACCAGAUCCGCACCCAGUUAUCCCAAGGCAACUUCGCCGCAGCAUUGCAGAUGGCCCUCGAUACCGCGCCCUACGCCUCAGAUGACCAAACAAAAGAAACGCACGCGCGCACCGUCUUUGAAACGCUAUGCUCGAUCAAGAAUAAUAAUGCCGACGUUGGUGUGUUUGUGAAGCUGUUGAGCUCGGAGCAGCGCGAUACGUUGAUUAAGUAUUUGUAUCGGUGCAUGGGCUCUACCUAUGGGCAGAAACAGGGGGCGUUGUUGUUGAAUUGGUUUGAACGGUGCGUUGAUGUUGUUGGCGUGGGCUCGAUUGCGAGGUUCUUGACUGAUCGACGCACUGUGUGA